AUGCCACCACUCGUUCGUUAUAAAAUUCCAAUUAUUGGACAUACGUUUAGAUAUACGUUUAAUUGUGAAAAAUUCCUUGGUCAAUGCAGAAAAGAGUAUGGUGAAAUGUUUAGUUUAUAUAUAUGGGGUCGAACAAUUACGUUUGUUGGAAAAGAAUAUACGCAUGAAGUACUCUCAAGAAGUGACGUGUUUGAUUUUGGGGUACUGUUUAGAAAAAUGAUACCUGGUGAUGUCAUGUAUACGAGUAUUGAUAAUUUUGGCGAUCUAAGAUCUUAUGGAAAAAUGAUUAGAGGAUCAUCUAUUUCAAAUAAAUUGAAUUUAUAUACUGAACGCAUACAAAAAUCACUUUAUUUGGCCACUCAAAAACACAUUGGUGAUUGUAAUGAUCAAAAAGUAAUUUAUAAUAUUUAUUCUGCGAUAACAAAAAUUAUUUCAGCUUCUAUCGCAAAUGUUUUUAUUGGUGAAGAGGAAUCAGAAUAUGAUGAUGUUAUAAGCACUUUCGCGGAAUUUACAAAAGAUAUAGCAGUAUUUUUUUUAAUUCCUCCAAUUUUUGAUUUAAUUUUUCCGGGUCUUCAAGAUUUUGUUAAACGUAUUCCAAUAAGAUUAGGGUUGUAUAAUCCGGUAACUAGACAUGUAAAUACGCUUAUUAAACAUGUUAAACAUCAAGUUGAUAAGCGUUUAAGAGAGAAACAAAAAUAUGGUGAUUCAUGGAAGCGACCUACUGAUUUACUUCAAGAUUUUAUGGAACAAAAAAGUUUUGACCCCAAUAAUAUUAAUUAUACUGCAUUGGCAAGUAAUUUAAGCAUAUUUAUUUUUGCUUCAAUUCAUUCAACAUCAAGAGCUUGUGCAAAUGUUGUUGUGGAUUUAGCAUCUCGACCUGAGUAUAUGCAAGAAUUGUAUGAAGAACAAUUGGAAAUUCAUAAAAAGACUGAUGAAAAUGGUAUACUUCCAUUUGAAUCACUUAAAGAAAUGAAAAAUUUAGAUAGUUUUAUUAGAGAAUCAUUAAGAUUUACCGGAGAUGUAGCUGCACUUCCACAUUGGGUAUUAAAAGAUCACACAUUUUCUAAUGGAUUGCAAGUACCAAAAGGUCAUGUAGUUGAUAUUUAUUCUUACGAUACUUAUCAUGAUGAAUCACUACAAGGUCCAAAUCCAACAUCAUUUGAACCACAUAGACAUAACGUUCCAGCAUCAAAAGUUGGUAGAAAUUUCCUGACAUUUGGAGGUGGUAAACAUAUGUGCCCUGGAAGAUUUCUUGCUAUAAAUGAAAUUAAAUUUUUUAUGCAUAAUGCUAUUUUAAAUUAUAAUAUCCGUACAGAAAGUGGUAAAAUUGAGGAUAAAUUCAGGUUAGGUCCUGUAGCACUCCCAAGUAAUAAUGGAAUCAUUUUCGAGAAGAGGGCUAAAUGA